AUAACAGAAUUUAGAUUCACCUAACUAGUUUGUAUCCGUGUGUUUACGUCCUAGUGUAGUGAAAAUGAGCAAAAUCGAAGUUGAAUUAACGAGAAUUUUAACAAAAAUAGCUGAAGCAAAAUGUAUAAAAAAUUACAAAGUGGUGCCAGAUAUUAUCGCUGAUGUGGGCGAUGGUUUUCGCUCCAGUUUUUAUAAAGGAAAAAUAGAAAACAAUGAUACUGGUGAGAUAAUCUCUAUUGUGAUUAAAAUGGAACCUCAAUCUACAGGUUUCAAUUUUUUCAAAAUUUAUAAGAACGAAGAAGUAUUUUAUAAGGAUUUACUACCUGCUAUAUUAGCUUUGCAAGCUGAAGCAAAUAUCGAAGAUCCUUUUGACAAUACGGCUACCUAUUACUAUUCAGAGACUGGGAAUAUUAAUGUUAUUGCAUUAGAAAAUUUGUCUGAUAAAGGCUAUAAGCUGCAUGAUAAAAUGGCGUACUUUAACAAAGAAUGCUUAGAAAAAAUAUUUAAAAUGUACGGAAAGUUUCAUGCGUUAUCUUUUGUUUUAAGGAAGCGUAACUGCGAGUUAUCCGAGCAAAUCCAUAACCAGUAUUAUAAUGAUAUAUUUCAGUAUAUGGUAAAAUCUGGAAAGAAUUCAAGUAUUUUAAAAAAAGCAAUUGCAGCAGCAUAUGAUGCUUUAGAUCACGACUCAAACGUAUAUAAAGAUUUAGAAGCCUUAUCUGAAAAUUGUGUAAAUUUAUUUAUAAAAGCAUCAGAGUAUAAAGGGAAGUAUUGGUGCUCAACACACGGAGAUUGCUGGUCAAAUAAUAUGUUAUUUAAAUACUCGGACAAUGGCCAAGUUGAAGAUAUUAAAUUAAUCGACUUUCAAUUAGCAAGAGACGGAUCUCCGAUCUACGAUCUUGCUUACUUUUUCUACUCUGGAGCUGCUAAAGAAGACCUUUACCGUAUCGAUGAAUACUUAGAAGUUUACCACGAAACCUUUUCGAGGGUAAUUAAGGCCUUAGGUGAAGAUCCAGGAGAAUUGUUUCCAUUCGAAGCACUUUUAAAUGAAUGGAAAGAAAAUGCUCUUCUGGGUGUCUUUUUGGGAAUUUACUUGUGGCAAGUAAAACUUUUGCCUAAAGAAGAGUAUCAAAAUGCAUUUAGUAAUCCCGCUGACAAGAAGAAACCUACUGCAGAAGAACGCAAUGAGAUAUUGGCGAAUCUCUUGCAAAAAACGUUAGAGGGGGAUAAAUUCAGAGAAAGGGCUAAAAAUAUAUUAAUACAAGCUUUUGAGUAUGGCAUUAUCUCCAAGGAAAAAAUACGCCUUGAUUAACAUUUUUAAUGUAUUAAUUUACAAUAAAUAAGUUAGCAGUAGAUAAAAUUUUGGGCACCCGGUAUAGCGUAGCCCAAAAUAAAAUACAAUGUAAUUAAGUCUACAAUACUCUUAAUUUAAAUAAAUAUAAUUAAAGUAUUAAAAAA